GUGGGCCGGAGUGCCUGUAUAUAUUGUCUCCCCAACGCAGAUUGAGUCAAAGUUGCGGCAACUCUGAGAGACGGAGCCCGGCGAAGGCAGAGCAGAGCGCGGCGAUUGAGAGCGGAUGGCAUCAGGCAAGCAGGGCGAGGUGGUGGGAAUCUGCACCAGUUACCAGGCGGUGAUGCCCAACUACGCCGGAAUAACGGAGGAGUUCCCGCAGUCGCUCCGGCGCCAGCUGCAAAAGUCCAAGCUGAAGCAGAGGAGACCCCGGGAGGCCAGGUUCAAAACGCAGCCGGUCACCUUCGAUGAGAUCCAAGAGGUGGAGGAGGAAGGGGUCUCGGCGCUGGAGGAGGAGAAAGCCAAGAAGUCGUUCCUGCAGUCGCUCGAAUGUCUCCGGAGGAGCGCCCAGAACUCCUGCGCCCAGAAGGCAACUUUAAGCAACUCAAAGCUGAGAUAUAGUCUGGACUCGAGCGAUUCGGACUCGGCACACUGAUAGAUUGAGGACUGAGUCGCCUUUAAAAGUACUGUGCUUCACAAUGAAGUGUUUUUUUAAAAAAAGAAGCUAUUUUAUAAAAAGACAUCUAUUUUCAAAGGGGAAACGUUUACGCAUUGCCUGGCGCAAACCAGGAAUAAGUACUGAUGUGGGAUGUUGCUCUGUGCUGGAUGUUUGAAGCCGCGGGUGAAAGCUGUUCGCAGAAUCGCUGUGGCCUCUAUCCGAGUCGACGGAGAGAGGGCAGCGUUGGAAAAGGAGCCGCCGAUUCCUUCAUAGGACAUCACCGAAGUUGCGAUGUGGAUAUAAAUGCAACUCAAGUUUUAACCGAUGUUUGUUUCCCUCCGCUAUAGAGUUAUUAAAAUGCGAGAUGCAAUUCGCGGUACGUUUCCUUCCUAAACGUUGUCGGAUUGCACAGCAGAUGCUCGAAGCGUGACUCAAUAGCUCGGCUCUUGCCAAAUUUCACCGAUGUAAUGCUUUUACUACUCAAAUCAGUAAUUUAUAUGUUUGUACUUUGUGAAAUUUGCAACAAUCCGAAAUUGUAUUGCCUCGUGAUUAAUAAAAAUGAUUGCACACUUAAAAUCGUACUAAAAUUUUUUUUCCUUUUGCUCGCACAAAGAAGACGUUUGAGGUUUAUCUCGGUGAGACCAGUCUGUGAUGAGUAUGACCUACUCUGAUCGUUUAAAUUGAUGGGUAUCGACCACCGUCACGGGCUUGGAUUUCACGUUUAUAAUGGCGUGAGAAUUUGUCUUCCUCUAGAGCCAACAGUUAGAUCAUGUUUUGCCGGAUUAGCGCUUUCCACUUGGUGGCAAUCGAUAACAUUAGAAUUGGUGCAUGCACUUUGGAUCUGCGCGACACUCUCGCCCAACUUCCACCGUCUGCCUUUUAAAAUCGCGUGUUUCUCAUUAGUGUUGGAAAUGUAGCUUGUCACUCUUGCAUUGACUCCCGUGUAACUCGCUGCUUUCGGUGAGGGCAGCAGACGAGGGAAGGCUAAAGCAGUAGGGCCGAAUGGCGCGUGUGUGUGUGUGUGUGUGUGUGCUGUAAAGAUUUUUAGAGAUUGAAAUCACUGCAGAUACGCGUUUGUCCACUAGCCGGCUCCAGCCUUGAUCCCCUCCGCUCAUUCCCACCCCACUGUCCCUCCAGAGAUGCUGCCUGUCCCGCUGAGUUACUCCAGCAUUCUGUGUCUAUCUUCCAUGUAAACCAGCAUCUGCAGUUCCUUCUCUACACAUUGCACUGUUGCAACGUGUGCAAUGUUUCCCAUUGAAAUGCAGCUGAAGUCUGUUUGACUUCCCCACCCCGUCCCUCUCCCAUUAAUCCGGCUGAUGUUGACGAGUGUUGGGUGGGUGGGUGCAGCCCCACCAAGGUGCUGCCUGGUUGCUACCAUGUUGGACGGUGCAGGGCAUGAGAUCGACCCCAGUGACGGGCGACCCAUCCCUAAUAUGGAGCGACCCCGCACCGCCAACCCCGCGCUGACGUCAUCCCAGGAUCAUGUGGCCGCCGAGAGGCUCGCCGGGAUUUGUAGUUUUCCACCACAGACAUUACCGCAGGUAACAGGUAAAAACUUGCAACCCCAUUAAAAAUAGUGCUUUAAACCUGUCUGAAUCAUUCGCAUGUAAUAGCUAAAUUGGAAGGAUAUGGCCAGGGCGUGUUUAUAACCAGUCAAAAUACUAAUAUGUCAAAUACUGUUUUUUUUAAAGACCAAAUGCUAAAUCAAAUAAUCUGCAAGAGCAUUUUAUAACUCAAAUUUGCUCACUCUCCUAAUGUUCACCAUGGAUUCUUGCCAUUUUGUGUAUCUAUACCUCAUCCCUGUGGGAAAUU